UGUGUUGUGUGUGUGCGUGUCGCCGUGAUGGCAAGCAUCAGCAUGGAGCCGGAAAACAAGCCGCCGAUACUGCACAUCCUGGUGGUGGGCUUCCACCAUAAGCUGGGAUGCCAGGUGGAGUUCUCCCAUCCGCCACUGAUAGCCGGCUCCAGUGGUCGCAACGAGUGCCCAUCCGGCUGGAAGUACUUACCCACACUGGCCCUGCCCGACGGCUCGCACAAUUUCCUCGAGGACACGGUCUUCUUUAAUCUUCCCAGCCUGUUUGAGCCGGCGGCCAGCAUUUAUGGCGUCUCCUGCUACCGCCAGAUACCCGUGGAGAAGCUGAAAAUCCGCACAGCCGAUGUCACACGAAGCACAGUGCAGAAAUCGGUCUGCAUAUUGGCCCGCCAGCCCAUCUAUGGCUAUAUCGAGGUCAAGCUGGCCCUGAUAGCCGACGCGUUCUUCGACCAGGGCGACUUUAGCUGCACGGAUCUGCUGGUGAAGGCGUAUCAGCAGCUGAAUGCCUGCCUGCUGGACGAUGAGUCACAUCGCCCGCUGCGCCACUUCCAUGUGGGACUGUCGCUGCGCGAAAUUGUCCUACACUGGCGCCACAAGACACUGAUCCUCUUCAAGCUGCUGCUGCUGCAGCGUCGCGUUGUCUGCUUUGGGUCUCCGGUGCGCGGCAUGUGUGUGCUCAUCCUGGGCAUGGCCUCGCUGGUGCCGCGUCUGCUGGAGAAGGGCUUCCAGGAGGUGGCUUGUGUGCGCACCUCGCGACCGCUCUCGCCCAUGCCAGACUUUACCGACUCGCUGCAACGCGAGGCGCAGGCUCUGGCUGCCGCUGCCGUCGCCGUUGCCGUUGCCGCUGAGGCUGAGGGCACCACACAGGAGGAGCCCAAACUGACGCCUGAAAGCGCCACGGCGGCCGAGGGCGAGGCGGAGGAUCUGGCUCUGGUCUCUUCGGCUGCCUCGGCGGGUUCCCAAUGCAGCGGCGACACCUCGCCCCACUCCACACCGAAUUCCCAGUCGCAGGACUCGAAUUUUGCAUCCUCCUCAUCGCCACGGGACUCGAACGGACGCAACAGCUCGCUGACUCGCGAGGCCAGCGUGGAUACACUAGCCUCCAACUUGGCCGCUUUGUGCGCCGUCAAUCCGGAUGAGUAUCGUGCACCUGUAAGCAUCUUUGCCAGCGGCAAUCUCUGUCUGCCGUACUUGUCGCUGCCCUACAUGGAUCUGCUUAGUGAUCCCAUGGUCCUCUCCUAUGUCAUUGGCACCUCGAACGUUCUGUUCCAGCAGAAGCGGCAGCUGGCCGACGUUCUGGUCGACAUUGAGGCGGCCAAUCUGGAUGCACACGAUCCGGAGUUGCGUCGCCAAUUGGUGCUGAGCACCGAGGACUUGCGCUACAUGGACUACAUAAUGAAGCAUGUGCAAACGCCCAAGGAGGAUGCGGAGGGCAGCGAGUAUUGGAUUAGGGAACAGUUCCAGGGCUACAUUCUGGCCCUACUGCGCACCGCAGUGGCUCCAGAUUCCACGCCCAAGGACAACGAUCAUUUCAAUGCACACUUUAUUGGCGCCUUUAAGCGCACCCAAUGCUACCAGGAAUGGUUCGAUGUCCGACCUGAACCCGAAUUUUUUGAAGCCCUGCCCGCUGGCCAUCCCUUUGCUGGCACCCUGUCCGUGACGGACAUGAAACUGAAGCUGGCACAGACCAUGCAGAACAGCGAGAGUGGACGCAAGAUCAAUCAGGCCGUAAACACCACAAGUCGAGCGGUUGGCGGUGCCAUUUCGCAGGCCAAGGGCGCCUUCUCCAGCUGGUGGUCAGCGAUAACAACAACACCAGCGAAUCCAGGCAAUGGAGGAGCAGGCUCUGAGGACGGAGACGACGGCGAAGUUGGAGCAGCAGCAGGAGCAGCGUCAGCGUCAGUGGUUGUGGCUGCCGCCCAAGAGAUCUCAGUUACAUUCCAGAAUCACAAAGAUGCCGAGGAUUUGGAUAUGGCUGGCGUGAGCAUACACCUGGCUGGCCAGGACAGCAGCAACAACAGCAACACCACGGACCUGGAGGAGGCGCACGAGUCACGGAAUGUCUCCAUGGAGCAGCAGCAGGGCAUUGUGGAGAUUGGUCGCGAGGCAGAGCUGCUCGACAAACCCGAAGAGAGUCCACACGCGAGCAUAGCGCAGCAGCCGCUGCGGCCAGGCUGUGGCGCCGAUGUGGCAGCCUCAGCCGCAACCUCCGCCCUAGAGCGCAACAAUGGGGAUGUGUUCAUUGUGUAAGGGCGCAGGCAGAGCUACGGCAGAGGAUAAGCUGCAUUGUAUAAACAACAACAAAAACACCUAACUAAGCCCAUAAUGAUAAUUAUUAAUUAAUUUAUUGCGAAACGAAUUUUGUGUCUCACUCUCAAUGUGUCUCGAUUGUUUUUUCCUUUGUUUUGUUCUUUCUCGAUCACCUAAAAUUGGCCAAAUAAUAAUAUUUAUUUAAUAUUUAUGUGUAAUACCCUUGCCCACCCGCCACUCACACACCAACACACACACAAUGUAUGUAUGUAUAUGUACUAUAUUCUAUUUAAAGCUAAAGCUAAGCCGUUCCAAGUGCAAUUUGUAAUCCAAAAAUAGAGAAACUUUCAUCCGCGUGGCAAUAAGCAACUCAAAGAAAAAUCAAAUGUAUUUAUGAUGAAGGAUGGGAACUCCGCAUGUCCAGUGCGUUCGA